CGAACACACGACCAACUCGCUUUUUCGCACGUUAAGCAAUCUCGCGCCCGACGAACGCACCCAACUCAGAUCCAACACAUUCGCAGUACCAAAAUCACAUUUCGCAAUGACUGUCGCCGACUCGAUAAAGGACGCGGCGCAGUCUGCCAAAGAAGCAAUCGGCCUGUCGAACGGCUCGUCAGGCGAGUCCAAGUCUGCACGCAAGAAGAAGGCAAAGGCAGAAGCCGCGGCUGCUAGCAACACCACUCCCUCAGCUGCCACGGCAGUCCCAAAGCCGUCUUCCCAGGAGAACUCAGUGGCCGCUCACAGCACGACUGAGCAAGAUGAGCAUCUCAAAGACCUGAACAAGCAGAUCCGCAACACCAACAAGAAGCUUCAAGGCAUGCAGAAGCUCGACGCGAUCUUGGAGGCAAAUCCUGGUGUCUCUCUUGACGAACUCCUUGCGCAGCGUAAGAUCAACCAAGACCAGAAGGCGCAGGCACAGAAGAAGCCAGAGCUUCAGGCACACCUCGCUCAGCUGGAAGAGCAAGCAGAGGCUUACCGCGCGGUGGACGCGAGAUACCAGGAGAAGUUCAACAAAUUGCGUGAAGAGCUAGAGACUAAGCACAAGCAAGAGGUAACGAAGUUGCGGGAGGAGCUCGCAGCGGAGCGCGAGAACGCAUCUCAAAACGAUCUGCGCAAGAACCUCCUUGUGUUCUCUCGAUUCCUUCGUGCUGCAGCUGCCAAGCGAGCAGCUGAGGUCGAAGAAGAUACCGAGGAGAACAGAGCCUUCGAGGGCGCUUUGCUUCUGGUCUAUGGCGGCGACGACUCUGCUGUCGAUGCUGCGGUGAACAUCAUCGAAGGUGCAGAGGAGCAGGUGCCCAGUAUCGAUGGCACCCUUACCGAAACCACUUACGCUCAGGUGAAGCAGACCGCUGUCAAGCACACUCCAUUCCAAGCAACCGAGGAGUGGGCCGAAGGUGUCGCACGAGAGACUGCCGGCGAGUCUGGCUCUGACCCUACGAUCGCUAACGCCGGCCUGACUGAACUCGAGGCUCCCAACAGCACCGCUGCCGAAGUGCAACCCGAGCCUACCUCCGUUCAGGGCACAGCAGGAGAUAGUGGCAACGUCGCUGGCGAGCGUUGGAACACCGAUGCCGCUGGAACAUCAGCUGGUGCCGAGAAGAGUGGGCUGGAGGAGAGCUACGAGAUCGUGCCUCGCCCGAGCGAAGAGGUGGACGUGCCAGCAGCGGCAUCUACCCAAGCACAGCAAGGCAGCAGCUGGGCAGAGGAGUCGCACGAAGCUGCAACGGGCAACAAAGCUGGCGAGAGUUGGGACACCAAGGCACCUGGAGAAAGCAAUGGCAGCUGGGGCGCCGAACCAGUGGCCAGCGCCAACGGCUGGGGUGACGCUCCCGCUACUGACGCCGCCGCACCGGCGGACGAUGGUUUCAGUCCCGUGGCAGGUCGGCGUGGAGGUCGCGGCAAUGGCCGUGCGCGCGGAGAUGGCGAAUUCCGUGGUCGUGGUGGUCACCGUGGCGGCUAUCGUGGACGUGGCGAUGGUGAGAACAGAGGCCGUGGCCGUGGUGGUUACCGUGGCCGUGGAGAAGGUGGAGAAUUUAGAGGCCGCGGUCGCGGCCCACGAGGAGGUGCUCCAGCUGCGGCUCCAAGCUCUUAGGGAGAGUCUUGGGUGGAAGCUCCGGCUGCAUCUCCGAUGUUUCGUGAGCCCGCAUUUGUUUGAGGCCUCGAACUACUUUCGUGUGGGCCGGCACAACAUGAUAUGCGUUCAAGCAUCUGCAUAGGGUACAGGCACAGGAGCACGGGAACGACGCAAUGUACAACAACGGAUUGACGCUUCUUUGGGUUGGUUCUGCAGGCAUUGGCGCUAGGUGGCACGUCUGUAUGAGUGUAAUCUGAUGUGAUAGCGUUCGAAUGCGAUACGAGUCAACGC